CCGAGGAGCAGAGAGGUUGAGAACAACCCAGAAACCUUCACCUCUCAUGCUGAAGCUCACACCUUUGCCCUCCAAGAUGAAGGUUUCUGCAGCGCUUCUGUGCCUGCUGCUCAUGGCAGCCACUUUCAGCCCUCAGGGACUUGCUCAGCCAGAUUCAGUUUCCAUUCCAAUCACCUGCUGCUUUAACGUGAUCAAUAGGAAAAUUCCUAUCCAGAGGCUGGAGAGCUACACAAGAAUCACCAACAUCCAGUGUCCCAAGGAAGCUGUGAUCUUCAAGACCAAACAGGGCAAGGAGGUCUGUGCUGACCCCAAGGAGAGAUGGGUCAGGGAUUCCAUGAAGCAUCUGGACCAAAUAUUUCAAAAUCUGAAGCCUUGAGCCUUCAUACAUAGACUGAGAUUCAGAGCUUGAAGAAAAGCUUAUUUAUUUUCCCCAACCUCCCCCAGGUGCAGUGGGACAUUAUUUUAUUAUAACAUCCACAAAGAGAUUAUUUUUAAAUAAUUUAAAGCAUAAUAUUUCUUAAAAAGUAUUUAAUUAUAUUUAAGUUGUUGAUACUCUAUCUGUCAUACAUCCUGGUGAAUGUAAAAUUCAAAAUCCUGGUGAUGUGUUUUUUGUUUUUGUUUUUGUUUCCCUGUGAGCUCAAUUAAGUUCACGGCAAAAUGUCAUUGUUCUCCCUCCUACCUGUUUGUAGUGUUGUGGGGUCCUCCCAUGGAUCAUGAAGGUGAAACACUUUGGUAUUCUUUGGCAAUCAGUGCUCCUGUAAGUCAAAUGUGUGCUUUGUACUGCUGUUGUUGAAAUUGAUGUUACUGUAUAUAACUAUGGAAUUUUGAAAAAAAAUUUCAAAAAGAAAAAUAUAUAUAUAAUUUAAAACUA